AUGGACUCGAGCUCGAGUGGCAAGGAUGGUGGAGUGGAGAAGAGCACGAGUGGUGCCGUGCAGCAAGGUUGCAGUAGCGGCAGCAGUGACUGCUUUGCUGAGGAAGCCUUGCUCUCUGAGAACCCUGAGAAUCAUUGCAAGGCUUCAGGUGAAUCCUCAGGUGGUGGCGUUCUGUGGAAUCCGUACAGUGCGGAGGGCCGCCUGGAGGAAAUGCCGAGCUUUCUUUCAGAGUGCAAGUCGUCUGGGUUGGAAUAUGAAGAGGAGGGGAGGAAGGAGAGGAGGGGGUGGGGGGGAGAGGGGGAGGGGGCCCACCUGGGAGUGGCGUGGAGCUGCCCUGUCCUGCUGCCUGAUGCCUCCCUUGGAGUGCCACCUGUGAUGCACAGCCUUGUGGAGAGGCAGGAGGAAGGGUGCGAGAGCCAGCAGGAUGUUCAUUCGGGGCAACCCAAGAGGCAGCAGGGGAAAGAGCGUGGCACCCAUGAGCUGGCAGGUGGGAGGGCUGUUACAUUUGCGAGAAUGGAGCCCUUGCACGAGGGCGAGGCUAUGGAGGGGUGUGAGGGUGAGUCUGUGGGGUCGAGUCUGUGGGGGGUUCUCAUAGAGAAGCAGAGGAGAGGAGUGUCGGAGCAAGAUCCUCCUCCUUACGGUUUAUCUCUCACCAAUACGUACCACAUUUGA